AUGGAGGAUGAUGUAUCGAAUUCAGUUCGAAGAAUGUCAACUCGGUCCUGCAAGGUUGCUCCCAAAAUGGCGGCUGCACAUCCCAGCUCUGAUAAUCGAACUCUGGCGAUUCUUGAUUGGCUGGAUGCUUUGGAAAAUGGCAAUGGUGCAACGGAGGCAGCACAGAAAAUUGUUGAUGAUGAUGAUGAAGCUUCUCUUGAUGAUGAUGAUGAUGACCAAGUUUUUUAUCAAAAGAAACAAUCUAAGAAUACAAAACGGAAAACUCGUCAGGCUGAAGCGUUAGAGAAUGCUAACAGGGCAUUGAGAAUAUUUCUCAAGCUCUUGGAUAAAGUAUCUCGAACUAAACAAUGCAACACUGUUUUACCUUUUUAG